AUGAAUACCAUGUUAAAUGAAAAGAAAAAUUUUAUAAGACACGUAUUGAUGAAUUCGCAACCAGGGAAAUUAUAUGACUUGGUCAAAGAUAUAAAUAUUCUUUUUGGUUCAAGUGUUAGUAUUCAAAAAAUUCUUGAGGAUGUUUUAAAAGAUUAUAAUGAAAAGAAUUAUAAUUUUUUACUUACUGAUAGGAAUGAAUAUCUUAUAAUGUGUAAAAAAUUUAAAGUAAAUCAUUUAUAUUUUAUGCCCAAAUUAAAAGCAUUAGUUCAUGUUAAUCAUUUAAAAAGGACAGCAACUAUUUUGGAAACAAUAAAAGAAUUAAAUUAUCCAGAAGAGUUGGAAAAUUAUAGAAAAGAAUGUGAUAAAAGACUUGCUGAUUAUGUAGAUGAGAAUUAUAAAAAAUGGAAUAUUUUACAAACUAUAAAUUACCCAGAGGUUCAUAUAAAAUCACCCAAUGGAUUAUGUUCUGAACAUUGUUCAUCUGUUUAUGCAUAUAAAGAAGAAGAUAUGUUUUAUUUAUUUUUUAUAAUAUGUUGUGAUAGAAGUUAUUUAAAAAACUUCCACGCCAGUACUUGGAGAAGUUCUUGGACUGCACAAUUUUUUGUUGAUAACGAUCAAGUUUUAUUAUCAGGGACGAUAGAUAUAUGUCUUACAUAUUUUGAGGAUGCGAAUAUAAAUUUUAAAACAUCAAAAAGUUUUGAAAAAAAAUUUGGAGUCAAUAGGGAUGUUGAUAUUUUUUCUACAAAUAUCUUAUCUACGAUAAAUGAAUAUGAGAAUUAUAUUUUAAAUGACCUAAACAAUUUUUUCACAAACAUAAAUAAAAAUAUAAUUAAAAGCACAAGGCGAAUUAUACCUUUGAAUGGUCAAAAGUUUGACUGGAAAGGCAAAUAUGAAGAUAUUGCCACACAAAUCAGUAACAGUUAA